AUUAUAUACAUAGGUGCAGGGACUUCUGCACAAAGAAUUUUGGCGACGACUGUGAACAGCAUCACGCGACAAGGCCUGCGCUGAGCCUGGACGCAAAGUAGCGAUCCUUCCCUGCCCUUCGGGCGCUUUUGAGGACCAGCAGCAGAAAUGCCGCUGCGUCUGGACAUUAAGAAGCAGCUGGUCCAGCGGACGGACCGUGUCAAGGGUGUCGAUGUGCACCCCACGGAGCCGUGGGUCCUGGCCAACCUGUACAACGGCAACGUUUACAUCUGGAACUACCUGGACCAGACUCUGGUGAAGUCGUUCGAGGUGACGGAGCUGCCCGUGCGCGCGGCCAAGUUUGUGUCGCGCAAGCAGUGGGUUAUCACGGGCUCGGAUGACAUGUUCAUUCGCGUGUACAACUACAACACCAUGGACAAGGUUAAGACCUUUGAGGCCCACACGGACUACAUCCGGUGCAUCACCAUCUCGCCCACCAUGCCCUACAUCCUGACCUCGUCUGAUGACAUGCUCAUCAAGCUGUGGGACUGGGAGAAGGGCUGGAACUGCGUCCAGGUGUUUGAGGGCCACUCGCACUACGUGAUGCAAGUGUCCUUCAACCCCAAGGACACCAACACCUUCGCCUCAGCGUCGCUGGAUCGCACCAUCAAGGUGUGGAGCCUGGGCCAGCCCACCCCCAACUUCACGCUGGAGGGCCACGAGAAGGGAGUCAACUGCGUGGACUACUUCAACGGUGGUGACCGCCCCUUCCUGAUCUCGGGUGCUGACGACAAGCUGGUCAAGGUGUGGGACUACCAGACCAAGGCCUGCGUUACCACCCUGGAGGGCCACCAACACAACAUCUCGUCGGCCAUCUUCCACCCGGAGCUGCCCAUCAUCGUCACGGGUUCGGAGGACGGCACGGUCAAGGUCUGGCACAGCACCACCUACCGUCUGGAGAACACCCUGGACUACCGUAUGGAGCGCGUGUGGAGCCUGGGCUACGCCAAGGGCUCCAACUGCAUUGCCAUCGGCUACGACGAGGGCUGCGUGAUGCUGAAGAUCGGCCGCGACGAGCCCGUGGCGUCCAUGGACAGCAGCGGCAAGAUCAUCUGGGCCAGGCACAACGAGAUCCAGACCGUCAACAUCAAGGCGCUGGGCGCCGACUUUGACAUGGCGGACGGCGAGCGCCUGCCGCUGCCCGUCAAGGACCUGGGCUCCUGCGACCUGUACCCGCAGAGCCUGCAGCACAACAUGAACGGCCGCUUCGUCGUCGUGUGCGGCGAUGGAGAGUACAUUGUGUAUACUGCUCUGGCGUGGCGCAACAAGGCCUUCGGCAGCGGCCUGGAGUUCGUGUGGAGCGCCGACGGCAACGACUACGCCAUCCGCGAGUCCACCAGCAAGGUCAAGAUCUACAAGAACUUCCAGGAGAAGAGCACGCUGCAGCUGGGCUUCAACGCCGAGGGCAUCCACGGCGGCGCGCUGGUGGCGGUGCGCGGCACCGACUUCGUGGUGUUCUACGACUGGGACGGCCGCGUGGUGCGCCGCAUUGACGUGGCGGCCAAGUCGGUGCAGUGGAGCGAGAGCGGCAACUCGGUGGCCAUCCUGGGCGACACCAGCUUCUACGUGCUGCAGUACAACCGGGACCUGGUGGAUGAGCACUUCGCUUCGGGUGGUGCCGCUGGCGAGGACGGUGUGGAUGACGCGUUCGAGCUGCAGGCAGAGAUCAGCGAGCGCGUGCGCACGGGCGUGUGGGUGGGCGAGUGCUUCGUGUACAACAACACCGCCUGGCGCCUCAACUACUGCGUGGGCGGCGAGGUGACCACCGUGGUACACCUGGACCGCCCCAUGUACCUGCUCGGGUACCUGGCCUCCUCCAACCGCGUCUUCCUCAUUGACAAGGAGUACAACAUCGUGUCGUUCACGCUGCUGCUGUCCAUGGUGGAGUUCAAGGCGCGCAUCUCGCGCGGCGAGCUGGACAGUGCCAUGGAGCUGCUGCCGCAGAUCCCCAAGGACCAGCACAACGCCGUGGCGCGCUUCCUGGAGGCCAAGGGCAUGGUGGGCACCGCCCUGGCCGUGGCCACCGACCCCGACUACCGCUUCGACCUGGCGGUGCAGCUGGGCGACCUGGAGGUGGCGCAGAGCAUCGCGCAGACGCUGGACUCCACGCCCAAGUGGAAGCAGCUGGGCGAGAUGGCGCUCACGGGGGGCAAGCUGGAGCUGGCGGCGGAAUGCCUGUCGCGCGCCAGCGACUUCUCGGGCCUGCUAAUGCUGGCAUCCGCGCGCGGCGACCGCGCCGGCAUGGCGGCGGUGGCGGUGUCGGCGGCGGCGGGCGGCAAGAGCAACGUGGCGUUCCUGGCGUUCUUCCUGCUGGGCCGCCUGGACGACUGCCUCAACCUGCUGCUGGACACCAACAGGCUGCCGGAGGCGGCCUUCUUCGCUCGCACCUACAUGCCGUCGGCCAUCACGCCAGCGCUGGUGAAGUGGAAGGCGGACCUGGCGGCCAUCAACCCCAAGGCUGCCGAGGCGCUGGCAGACCCAGCGGCGUACCCCAACCUGUUCCCGCACUUGGACGAGGCGCUCCGCGCAGAAAAGCUACUGGCGGCGGGUCGCGAUAGCAAGGUGCCGGCGGAGAACUACCUGGAGGCGGCCGCCAUCGCGGCGUCCACCAUGGAGGGCGGCCUGGACGGGCUGCUGGCGCGGUUGGGCGACCUGGGGCUAGGCGACGGCGAGGAGGCGGAGGCGGAUGAGGCGCCAGCGGCCUCGGUGCCGACGCCGGCACCCGCGCACCACGUGCACGAGGAGCAGGAGGACGAGGAGGAGGAGCAGGAGGACGAGGCGAUGGCAGAAGAGGAGGAGGAGGAGCAAGUGGUGCCUCCGGCGCCCCCCGCGCCGGUGGCCAAGCCCCCGGAGCCCGCGCCCGCGCCGCCUCCUGCGCCCGUGCCGCCCGCGCCGCAGCCGCCGGCACCCGCCGCUGAGCCUGAGGAGGAAGAGGAGGAGGAGGACCCCUUCGGCGACCCCGAGGGCGAGGCCGAGGAGGGCGACGGAGCGGGCGUGAACGCGGAGGACCUGGACGAUGACUGGGGUCUGGACGCGGACGGGGACGAGCAGGCGUGAGCAGGGAAAGCGGGCAGGCACAACUUUGUAGAUAGCGAAGGAGCACAUGAAGGACAUAGGUGCUGCGUGGAGUACAAGGCUAUCCAUGCAUUCCCAAGUAUCGGAAACCAUUUGUAGAGUAGAUCAAAUCUGUGCGCACGGUACUUCACUGGUGGCUUGUACCAGCAGGAGUGGGAAGGUGGGGCCUGGCAGGCCCAUUAUGUAGGGAGUUGCACGUGCUUUGAUGGCGUCCUUGUGUAACAUGUAGAUGCA